AUGGAGAAGCCAAAAUCAAGUAAUUGGGUUAAUACAGAAGAUGAAACUCAAGAUUAUGAAGAUGAUUUUAUUGGUGAGAUACCACCGGUAAUUAAUAAUAUUAGUGACGGAUCCGGAAAAGAAAACGUGCCAAAGCCAAGUCCUAAGAAACGAAAAAGGAAUGGAGGCGUGCGAAAACCAAUUACUAGCAAACGAGAAAGAGCAAGGAAUAAUGGUAAAGGAACCGCUCCUUGUUGGGUAGCGUUCGAGCCGGUGUGGAUUAUAGAGGAUGAUGGUGUUGAAAGGAAAAGUGUGGAAUGUAUUUAUUGUCAUACAAUACUUAAAGCCGAUACGGACCGCAACGGGACGUCUAAUAUGAACAAACAUUUGAGGAAUUGCAAGUUAAACCCGGACAACAAAGGAAAAAAUGAUAAAAAAGCAAGCCGAAUUGAAUUUUAA